AUGAUUAACGGUAUCCAACCUUCAGUAGAUACCUUGAGAGAUCUCGUUGCCGAACAAAAAAGUAAUGAUAAGAUUAAAUUAUAUCCAAUUUACAAGUAUUUACCAACUGGAGACUUAACUUUCCAUUUAUCAUACCUUAAGUUGGCUAGAUUGAAUGACAAGGGAAGAGUACCAUCGUUUUUAUUGGAAUCCGCCAUUACUGAUCACAUAAAUCGUUAUUCUUUCAUUGGAAUCAAUCCUAAAAAAAUCAUAAAAACUGGUGAUAAUGAAAAAUUCGAACAACAAUAUAGAGACGUUGAUCCUAUCACUGUUUUAGAAGACGAAAUGUCAAAAUACGAACAAAUUCAAGUUCCUGGGUUACCUAAGACCAGUGGAGGGGCUUUCGGAUAUAUUUCAUACGAUUGUAUUAAGUAUUUCGAACCAAAAACCAAAAGAGACUUAAAAGAUGUAUUACAAGUCCCUGAAGCAGUUUUGAUGUUGUGUGACACAAUAAUUGCUUAUGAUCACGUAUAUCAAAGAUUCCAAAUUAUUCAAAACAUUGAAAUCAAUGAUACUGAUGAUAUUGAAGAAAAGUUCAAACAAGGGGAAAUCAAAAUCAAUGAAAUUGAAAAGAUUAUCACUUCAGAUGUUUCCAUUGACGAGAUUACACCUGCACAACCACCAAUCAAACAAAACCAAACCUUCUCUUCCAAUAUCGGACAAGAAGGUUACGAAAACCAUGUUACUAACUUGAAAGAACAUAUCUUAAAGGGAGAUAUUAUUCAAGCGGUACCAUCACAAAGAGUUGCCAGACCAACCUCCUUACACCCAUUCAAUAUCUACCGUCAUUUAAGAACCGUCAAUCCUUCACCAUACUUAUUCUAUUUUGAUUUAUUGGAUUUCCAAAUUAUUGGUGCUUCUCCAGAAUUAUUAGUUAAAUCUGAUAACAAAAAUAAGGUCAUCACCCACCCAAUUGCUGGAACCAUAAGAAGAGGUAAAACCAACGAAGAAGAUGAAGAAAAUGCUGAAAUCUUGAGAGCCUCAUUGAAAGAUAGAGCCGAACAUAUUAUGUUGGUAGAUUUAGCCAGAAAUGAUGUCAAUAGAGUUUGUAAACCAGAAACCAAUAGUGUUGAUAGAUUAUUAACCAUUGAAAGAUUCUCUCAUGUGAUGCAUUUGGUUUCAGAAGUCAGUGGUACUUUGAGAGAAGACAAAACUAGAUUUGAUGCGUUUAGAUCAAUUUUCCCUGCUGGUACUGUAAGUGGAGCACCAAAAGUCAAAGCUAUGGAAUUAAUCGGAGAAUUAGAACAGGAAAAAAGAGGUAUUUACGCCGGAGCUGUGGGCCAUUGGGGUUAUGAUGGUAAAACCAUGGAUACUUGUAUUGCUUUAAGAACUAUGGUUUAUAAAGAUGGUAUUGCCUAUUUACAAGCUGGUGGUGGUAUUGUUUUCGAUAGUGAUGAAUAUGAUGAAUACAUUGAAACCAUGAACAAAAUGAAAGCCAACAACAAUACUAUUGUUGAAGCUGAAAAGAUCUGGACUGAUAAAGUUGGUAGUGCUUAA